AUGACAACAUGGGGCGUAAAAUUGGACUCGUACGCUAUAGAGCAUAUGACAGUUGACCUAGCAGGUAUUGCAACUGGAACUGUAUGUGGCCUUGGCUCCAUAAUUAUUGCAAUCUUUGUAGUUUUAUUUGCCAACAAGUGGAAGAAAGGCAUCCAAAAGAGAAUCCGGCGAACACACUUCAAGAAAAAUCAAGGUCUACUCUUGGAACAGCUCAUCACAGAUGACAGCGCCACAAACAAAACAAAAAUAUUCUCCUUGGAGGAGCUAGAGAAGGCAACCAACAACUUCGAUGCCACUCGUGUUCUUGGUCGUGGAGGACACGUGGUGGCUAUUAAAAAGUCCAAAAUUGUGGAGCAAACUGAGAUAAACCAGUUUAUCAAUGAGGUUGCUAUCUUGUCGCAAAUCAUUCAUCGUAAUGUAGUAAAGCUAUUCGGGUGUUGCCUCAAAUCUGAGGUUCCUUUGCUCGUGUAUGAGUUCAUAUCAAAUGGUACACUACAUGACCUUCUUCACGUUGAUGUUGGUGUUAAAUGCUUGCUGUCAUGGGAUGAUCGUAUUAGGAUUGCAGUUGAAGCAGCAGGGGCACUUGCUUAUCUGCACUCGGCUGCUGCAAUACCAAUUUUCCAUAGAGACGUGAAAUCUUAUAACAUACUAUUUGAUGGCAGCUUCGCUACAAAGAUUUCUGACUUUGGUGCUUCAAGGUUUGUUUCACUCGAUGGAACUCAUGUGGUCACUAUUGUCCAAGGAACAUUUGGUUACCUAGAUCCUGAGUAUUACCAUACUGGACAACUAACUGAAAAGAGUGAUGUGUAUAGUUUUGGGGUAAUACUCGUGGAACUUUUCACGAGGAAAAAGCCAAUUUUCAUCAAUGAUCUAGGUGCAAAACAAAACUUGUCCCAUUAUUUCAUGGAAGGAUUGCAAGAGGGGGAUAUCAUGGAAAUAUUGGAUCCUCGGGUUGUUAAAGAGGCAAACCCAGAAGAGAUCGAUGAUAUUUGCUCACUUAUAGAAGCAUGUUUGAGACUCAAAGGAAGAGAUAGACCUACUAUGAAAGAGGUAGAUAUGAGGUUGCAAUUCCUGAGAACCAAGAUGCUAAGGAAAUGCAAAAUUCUCCCAGCUAGUGAUCAAGAAAUUGAACAUCUGUUAUGCCCAGAGAUUAGCAAUUCCAAUGCACAGAUGAACGUUGACAAUACUGGUAAUUUAACAUCUGAAGGCAUCUCCAGUUGCUACAGUCUAGAGCAAGAACUUUCAUCCUCAGUAACUUUGCCAGGCUAA